AUGGAAUCAGAAAACCAAACUGGAACAAUCGAGUUCCUCCUCCUGGGUCUCUCAGAGGAUCCAGAACUGCAGCCUGUCCUCUUUGGACUGUUUCUGUCCAUGUACCUGGUCACAGUGCUUGGGAACCUGCUCAUAAUCUUGGUUGUCAGCUCUGACCCUCACCUCCACACCCCCAUGUACCUCUUUCUCUGCAAUCUGUCCUUCACUGACAUUAGUUUCAUCUCUACCACGGUCCCCAAGAUGCUGAUGAACAUCCAGAGACAGAGCAAGACCAUCAGUUACGCAGGCUGCCUCACCCAGGUCUGCUUAGUCCUGGUUUUUGCUGGAAUGGAAAACUUUCUCCUUGCAGCAAUGGCUUAUGACCGUUAUGUGGCCAUCUGCCAUCUACUCAGGUACUCAGUCAUCAUGAAUCCUCACUUGUGUGUCCUGUUGAUCCUGUUGUCCUUGUCCAUCAGCAUUGUAGAUGCCCUGCUGCACAGUCUGAUGGUGCUGAGGUUGUCCUUCUGCACAGACCUGGAGAUUCCCCACUUCUUCUGUGAACUUGAUCAGGUCAUCAAGCUGUCCUGUUCUGAUACCCUCAUCAAUAACAUCCUAUUCUAUUUAGUAUCUAGUAUAGUGUGUGGAGUUCCUAUUCUUGGGAUUAUUUACUCUUACAUUAAAAUAGUCUCUUCUAUUCUGAGAAUGUCCUCAGCUGGGGGAAGGCAUGAAGCCUUUUCCACCUGUGGGUCUCACCUCUCAGUGGUCUCUUUGUUCUAUGGGAUGGAUUGUGGGGUGUACAUUAGCUCUGCAGUGACUGACUCAUUCACCAAUACUGCAGCAGCCUCAGUGGUGUACACUGUGGUCCCCCCAAUGCUGAACCCCUUUAUCUACAGCCUGAGGAACAGGGACAUGAAGGAGGCCUUGAGGAAUCUCAUCAUUAAACGUCUUUUUUGGUGA